GAUCUACGCUUCGUGGCUGCCAACAAAUCAACGAACGGGAAGGGACGGUUUCGGGUGCGUUUGGCUCGUUGGAUAUUUUACUUGCCGACCGAGAGACCAACGCAGCGAAGGUGUUGUUUGUCCAGCUAGCCUAGCUCGACAACACACGACACGAAAACGGUUUAUUUAUCGCUGGAAACCAGAACGAAACGCAACCGCGCAGCCAGGGAGGAACAGAGUUGCAGCUUACCGGACGACCGUGCGUGCGCGAGUUUUUUUUGCAUUGAGUGUGUGUGAAAAAGAAAAACCCACCAAUUCCCAGCGACCUGCACCGCCAUGGGAAUAAAAUUCCUGGAAAUUAUUAAACCGUUCUGCGGCAUACUGCCGGAGAUCGCGAAACCGGAGCGCAAGAUCCAGUUCCGCGAGAAGGUACUAUGGACCGCGAUCACGCUGUUCAUCUUCCUCGUCUGCUGCCAGAUCCCGCUGUUCGGCAUCAUGAGCUCGGACUCGGCCGAUCCGUUCUACUGGAUCCGCGUCAUCCUGGCGUCGAACCGCGGCACGCUGAUGGAGCUCGGCAUCUCGCCCAUCGUCACGUCCGGCCUGAUCAUGCAGCUGCUGGCCGGCGCUAAGAUUAUCGAGGUCGGCGAUACGCCCAAGGACCGGGCGCUGUUCAACGGGGCGCAGAAGCUGUUCGGCAUGGUCAUCACCAUCGGGCAAGCGAUCGUGUACGUCAUGACCGGCAUGUACGGCGAUCCGGCCGAGAUCGGUGCGGGCGUCUGUCUGCUCAUCAUCAUCCAGCUGUUCGUGGCCGGCCUGAUCGUGCUGCUGCUCGACGAGCUGCUCCAGAAGGGCUACGGGCUGGGCAGCGGUAUCUCGCUCUUCAUUGCGACCAACAUUUGCGAAACGAUCGUGUGGAAGGCGUUCUCGCCCGCCACCGUCAAUACGGGCCGCGGUACCGAGUUCGAGGGCGCGGUCAUUGCCCUGUUCCACCUGCUCGCCACCCGCCAGGACAAGGUGCGCGCACUGCGCGAAGCCUUCUACCGCCAGAACCUGCCCAACCUGAUGAACCUGCUCGCGACCGUGCUGGUGUUUGCGGUGGUCAUAUACUUCCAGGGCUUCCGGGUCGACCUACCGAUCAAGUCGGCCCGCUACCGCGGCCAGUACAGCAGCUACCCGAUCAAGCUGUUCUACACGUCCAACAUUCCGAUCAUCCUGCAGUCGGCGCUCGUCUCCAACCUGUACGUGAUCUCGCAGAUGCUGGCAGUUAAGUUCCACGGUAACUUCCUGAUCAAUCUGCUCGGCGUGUGGGCCGACGUGGGCGGCGGCGGCCCGGCCCGCUCGUACCCGAUCGGUGGCCUCUGCUACUACCUGUCGCCGCCCGAGUCGCUCGGGCACAUCGUGGCCGACCCGAUCCACGCCGUGCUGUACAUCGUGUUCAUGCUCGGCUCGUGCGCCUUCUUCUCCAAGACGUGGAUCGACGUGUCCGGCAGCUCGGCCAAGGACGUGGCGAAGCAGCUGAAGGAGCAGCAGAUGGUGAUGCGCGGCCACCGCGAGAACUCGAUGAUCCACGAGCUGAACCGCUACAUCCCGACCGCGGCCGCAUUCGGUGGCCUCUGCAUCGGGGCGCUCUCCGUGCUGGCCGACUUCAUGGGUGCGAUCGGCUCCGGCACCGGUAUCCUGCUGGCCGUCACCAUCAUCUACCAGUACUUCGAGAUCUUCGUCAAGGAGCAGUCCGAGAUGGGCGGCAUGGGCACGUUACUGUUUUAAGGUGGUGCUUCAAUCCCCCCUCCCCCUUUCCCUCAUCACAUCCAUCCUUCCUCUCCUUCUCCUUUCCUUAUCUUUCGUCAUCGUUCCAGUUCCUUCCACACUCGAUUCUUCUGUUGCAAAACAUGAGUUUUUGUUUAGUUUGUUUCCGUUUUACUUGUCCCAUCUUCCUAUCAUCGCCUUGCUUUCCCCUUCCCCCCCCCCCACCCACUUUGUUUUCGCGGGACAUAAAAAGAAAAAUUAAUUUAAGCUCAUAAUUCUCCUUUAGCGUUUUAGCGUUUAAGAGAGGCGUUUAACACUAUUACUACUCUACAUUCGAAGGGAUAGUAAGCAGAGAGCAGCGACUGAGAGGUGUAAUAAUUGAUAAAUGAGAUAAUAAGAACAGAGACACGUUGUGUUGUGUGUGUGCGUGAGUGUAUGUGUGUGAAUAGUAAAGAAUUGUUUUGUUACUUUGUUUUUUCACUACACUUCCUCUACACUUUCCGAUGGUGAUGAGAAAAUGCAAAUGGAAAAGCAGAGAUCAGCGCAAAUCGACAUACCUGAAGAAGUAAAUAAAACCAUAAAUUCACACAAUAAUAAUACUCACGGUUAUUCCAGUAGAUAAAAUUAUAGAAUUAGGCGCGCGCAGCUAGCAAACCGGAAGACGACACCCGCUUCCGAAUGCAUUUUCAUUAAACGGCUCCAUCACAUCAAAGUACACACAGCUUUCUUAGGGCUUCGUUUUCAUCGUUGUUUGUUCUCUUUUCCAUUUUGGAUUUUUUUUUCUUCUUUAUUUUCUUCUCUACAAUCGAACUAGCUCGAUGUUUUCCACCUUCAACACACACACACACAUACGCGUGCGCUUGGACCGAUUUCCUCCACCUACGUACCCCUUGAUUCAGGGACAUACACACACAGAGAGACACACGCGACAAAAAUAGACAAUUAUUACUCAGACACACUAUGCGCACGGUUUGUAGCGCAAAAGAGAGAGAAGGGGAGAGAAAAAAACGUUAGAAAUGAGGAUUAGAAGAAAUAGUUGGCUUUUUUUCGUUUUCGUUCACGUUACACAAGUGGAACGAAAAUAGAGGAACACUAGUAGGAUAGAGAUAUGGGGGGAGGGGGGGGUGUAAGGCAUUAGCAGCCGGUGACGGAGACAACAGCAAACGAAAAGGUCACAACCUGGACGGCUAGUACACGUGGCGGGGCGAGAAGCGGGAAGAUCCGUUGUUGUGUGAUUCCAAUUUGAAACAUCGAGUUUUUUGCGUCAUUUAGAGAGAAAGAGCAAGAAAAUUUAUCAUAAAACAUUUGUCACUCUCACCUCACCACACACACACACACCACAAACUCUGUGGACUUGAUGUAAGGAAGUCGCUCCACAUAAAUUUCCAAAACAGAAUAAAAUUGAGACAAAAAAACUGAAAUCCUA